AUGGUCCAACUACAUAACUUUUUCUUUUUCAUUACUUCCAUGGUCGUGCCGUGUGGCACGGCAGUACCCGUACUAUUGAAAUGGUUCGGCAGUGGAGAUGUUCCCACAGGUGCCCCUUCUUCCAAUGGUACUAUAAUUCCUAUUCCUAUCCCUGCAUUCCUUCUUUUGGUCUAUCUACAUUCCAAGAAAUUCAUAUGCUCCAUGGAUAGAGCAAAAAGUGUAGUCUUGGUCAGAGCAAGCCACCCUAUUCUAUUACCAGACAUAAUAGUUAAGAGAAGCUUAUCUAAACCUAGAGCUAGAAAAGCCUUAUUUUGUUUCGUUUCCAUUCUUCAUUUCCUUCUUCUCUCAUCUAAGGGGAACUUCUCAUAGUUAGAAUCUUUAUGCGGUGUGAUCUGUUUACUAUUCUUUCAUACUUUUUUCUCUUUACCACGCGAUAGGUUAGUGAAGCAUAAGCGGGCACUAAGAAAGAAACACCCAACACUUUGGCCUAACGGGAAUGAGUAACAACGAAAUGACAAGAUAAGGUACUUUGGGCACCCCCAUUUAAAAAGAAAGGGCGAAGGUUUUGGGCCUGUAGCUUUCCCCGUCCCCCUUUUGUUGGGUGGUACUUGUGUGAAGGGUAUGCCACCAUAGAUUGGGCUUGAAGCUCUUGCCUUACUAACAAGCCAACAGCUGAUGGCUGUUGGUCACGAUUACUAUAAAAAAGCUCCAAUGAAGAUGAAUAUUUCACAUGGAGGAGUGUGCAUGAUGUUGGGUGUUCUUCUGUCGUGCAACCCGGUGGCUUAUGUGCGACCUGUGGCCCAUGCCUCCUAUUUCUUCAGGGCUGGCAGUGUGAACUCUGAUUUGAUCUCGGUAUUCAAUCCUGCAACUGAGAUCCUCAGUUGA